UUCUUCUACUUUCUCUCACACUCGUCUUCAAGUUUCAAAUUCGUGAUUGUCAGUUUAAGUAAAGCAAACGACGUCGUAUGCUUUCCGUGGAAUAUAUAUAUGAGUGAUGGAUUUUUCAAAGACUACAUUGUAUCAGCGAACACGAUCUUGUUAUGAUAAAUUUUACUUGGAGUAUAAUGAGAAAAAGGGCAAUAAGAGGAUUCGCAAACGUGACGGAAAUAGGGAGGAGGAGGAGAAGACUGGUAAAUCAAGUGAGGGAUUAAACAAGGGGAAAAGUGAAAUCGAUGGUGGUGGUUCGGGUAAGAAGAAGAGAGGGAUUAAAAGGAAGAAAGAUUUGGGGAAAGUUUCGAACAAGGUUAUUAAUGAUUCGGAGAUUGAGGAUGAAGAUUAUGAUGAUGAUAAGGAAUUUGUAGUUGAAGAUAAGAAAGUGAAAAGAGGGCAGUCUUCAAAAAGUUUUGAGAAUGUGAGUCAGAUUAGUCUAAUUGAUGAAUUGGAUGAUGAUGAUGUGAAGCUGAGUAAGAAGAAUGAGAGGAAACAAAGUAAGUCCGAUGUGGAACGGGUUUCUGGAAGUGGGAAAAGCAAGAACAAGUUUGUGAAGGAUUCUGGUGCUGAUAGGAAUUAUAAGGGGGCGAGGGAAACCUUGAAAGUGGUUCGUAAGAGUACGAGGACAAAUGAUGCUCAAUUGAGAAGUGAUGAUGUUAUGACCAAGAGUUUUGGGAGGAACGACAAGAAAGAUGCUGACUUGGGUUUCAGUGGCCGUGAGAUUGAUGAAAGUGAUGAUGAAGAAGGUGUAUCAUACUUGGGCGAUAAUCUUGCAUGUUUGGAUGAUUAUGAUCCGUCAUUUAGUUCUCGUGUGGAAAGCAAUGAGGUGAAGGUGAGUCCAGUAGUGGAGCUGGACUCGAUUCGGGUAGAUGUGGAUGGUGGCGGUUCACAGAGUUUAAAGUUAUCUGAAGAGAAAAAGGUUAAUUCGCAGAGGGUAGAGUCAACUGAGGAUGCUGCAGUUGCUGAGGAUGUGACAAUUAUUAGUUUGAGUUCUUCGAGUGAUUAUGUGGAUGAUGAAGAUCAGAGUUCCAUAGAUGGUGGUGAUUCUAGAAUUCAAAAUGUGCCAAAUAUUGUUGAUUGGACUGAAGUUUCUGUAAAACGUAUAUUAAGUGAAGACUAUGAGAGGACGAAGAAUAAGAAAGCUAAUGUUUUUGAGACCAGGAUUACUAAAAAGCGGAAUGGUAGUGGCAUUGAUAUGUGGAAAGCUAUGGAGGGUGGUUUGAAGAGAAGAAGGACUGACAAUGAUACUUUUGUCCAUUCAGUUGACGAAAUGGGCAACCAAGAGGCAGGGGCGAGGACUGUUACAAAGUAUGAUCAGUUUGGAAAUAAAGUUGAUGUGGCUAAGAUCUUCACAGAUUCUUUAAGAGAGGACGGGGAUGGCGGAGAUAUGGUCCUCCGAAGUUACAUGAUAUCUAAAGAGGAACCUCUAGAGUGCAGUCCUUUUAAAGAAACCCCUGUUGAGAAAGUAUGCUCGUAUAAGUUUAGAUUUGAAGACGAGGACGAUAUAGAGCCAAAGAAGUCAGAAAGCGAGAUUGAAGUGGAUGAGCUUUUCAAGGAGAUGGGCGAGAGCUUACAGUCGUUAGAAAUUGGAUGCUCUAGCACUACUGUGGUUAAUUGUGGUGAUGCUGACUCUAUGGUGGAAGGAAAAGAUCAAACAACCUGUUGUCGCCGAGGAAAACAUCGACUUACCAUUAAUGACCAGUUUGGGAUUAUCUGUAGAUGUUGUUCUUAUGUUGAGAUGGAAGUAAGAGAUAUUUUACCCCCUCUGAGUAAAAAUGGAAAGGGUGGGCAUGGCAGGCCUGAAUAUGACCAUGACAGAACAGACAGCAUGAAAUUUUCAGACCUUCCUGCAGCUGACUGCUAUGAUGACAGCCAUCAUGAAGCCAGAUGGAGUAACUACGAUGAAGGGACAGUUUGGGACUUGGUUCCCGGGGUUAAAGAAUCCAUGUAUCCACAUCAGCGCGAGGGUUUCGAGUUCAUUUGGAAUAAAAUAGCUGGUAGUACCUAUAUUGAUAAGCUAGAAAAAUGUCUUACUAAUGAUGGAAGUGGUUGCAUAAUCUCUCAUGCCCCUGGAACCGGCAAAAGCCGUCUCACAAUCGUUUUCCUCCAGGCGUUUUUAAAAAUGUAUCCAGAUGCAAGGCCGUUGAUUAUCGCUCCUCGUUCUAUGCUGCUUACCUGGGAAGAAGAGUUUAAAAAAUGGGAUGUUGAUUUUCCGUUUUAUAACGUGAACAGUAACGAAUGUUCUGGACAGGAAGAUGCAGUGGCGUUAAGUGUUUUAAAACAAUUUGGGAAUGUAAGAAGUAUACACUGUAAUCGUUUAUUGAAGUUAUAUUCCUGGAAGAAAAAUUCAAGUGUUUUGGGGAUCACAUAUAGAUUGUUUGAAAGCCUAGCUGGUGAAGAAGGGAAGAGAAAAAAAGCGUCGAACAGUGAUGAUGAGCAGAUAAAGAAAAUUCUCCUUCAAGUUCCCAGCCUUUUAGUACUUGAUGAAGGGCACACUCCCCGAAAUGAUACAAGUCUUAUGUGGAAGGCGUUGCUAAAUGUCAAAACAAAAAGGAGCAUCAUUUUGUCCGGAACUCCCUUCCAGAACAAUUUUGCUGAGUUAUAUAAUACCCUGUGCUUGGUGAAUCCCUUACUAUCGUAUGGGCUCUCAUCUUUAAGAAGUGACAUGUUUAGCAAAAAGCGUGGAUGGAAAAACAAUUUAGCUAGAGGGCAAUGGGAUUCUAUAACAAGCUCUAGUAAGUGGAGUCAACAUAGUAUACAUGAAAUUAAAGCCGUGAUUGACCCUUUUGUCCAUGUACAUAAGGGAACAAUUCUUCAAGAAAGGCUUCCCGGUUUAAGGGAUGCUCUGGUAGUUUUAAAGCCCACAAGAACGCAGCAAACGCUUCUUGGAAAGAUGUACGGGAAAAAACGGAAUCUAGAACACGACCAUGUUAUGUCAUUAGUAGCCGUUCAUCCUUCACUGCUCCCCGCAAACUCUCUUGGUAAUGAGGGUUUUCUUAAAAUGCUAAAAGUGUUUGAAAACGACCCUAGUGCCGGAGUUAAGACUAAUUUUUUGAUGGAACUUAUUAAGCUCAGUGGAGCGCACAAUGAGAAGGUUUUAGUUUUUUGUCAGUUCAUCAAGCCACUGGAUUUUAUAAAGGAACUUCUGAAAACUAAUUUUAGCUGGGUUGAAGGCAGAGAUUUUUUGUACAUGGAUGGACAACAAGAAGAGAAGCUUCGGCAAAACUCAAUCAAUACGCUUAAUGAUCCUAAAAGUGAAGUAAAGUUACUUCUUGCAUCCAUGAAGGCGUGCUCUGAAGGGAUUAAUUUGGUGGGUGCUUCAAGAGUUGUGUUGCUUGAUGUUCAUUGGAAUCCAUCAGUGGAGAGACAAGCUAUAAGCCGGGCUUAUAGACUUGGUCAAAAGAAAGUUGUUUAUGUUUACCAUCUAGUCACGGGAUCAAUGGAGGGUGAGAAAUACAUAAGGCAGGUUGAGAAGAGUCAUUUAUCAGAAUUGGUCUUUUCUUCAAAAAAUAGAGACAGUUCGAUUCCUAAAAUAUCAUCUACAGUUUCGGAAGAUAGAAUUUUAGAAGAAAUGGUGCAACAUGAAAAGCUAAGGGACAUGUUUGAAAAGGUGAUUUACCAACCGAAAGAAGCAGAUCUAUUUGACACUUUUGGUUAAUACAGUUGAAUGUUGUGGACUGCUCAGGUUCCUGAAGGAAACAUGAUGUUGGGAUGAUUGUUAUUCAGACCCAGAGGAGAUCCCACAGGUCAUUGGUAAAUGCAUGUUUUUUUCACGCUUUUCGUUUGUUCAACAGAUGGCUUUUGUAGCUCUAUUCUUUUUUGGGAAGUUUUUGUAUCUUGUAUAACUGUUUAUCUGUUGCUAAAUUGUAAAGUUGCUAAUAAAAUUGCUAUUACUCUA